UUUCGUUCUGAAUGUUAGCGAGUAAACAGCUUUGAAUAACGAGCUCUAGUAAACUUUACAAAAAUUUGUUUUAUUUAAAAAAAAAACAAAAAUAAAAACCUCAAAUUCAUAAAGUAUAUUUUACGUGAUUUUCUUGCAGUUCGACCAUGAUGCGCCUUUUAAACAAUUGUAAUAAGUUGGGACGCCUGUCAUGCCUGCCCCGUCAUCUGGUGGCAUAUCGCUCGUAUGCAAAGGAUGUGCGUUUCGGGCCCGAAGUGAGGGCCAUGAUGUUGCAGGGUGUUGAUGUCCUGGCGGAUGCAGUGGCCGUUACCAUGGGACCCAAAGGACGCAACGUCAUCAUCGAACAGAGUUGGGGCUCCCCCAAGAUUACCAAGGAUGGUGUGACAGUGGCCAAGUCUAUUGCCCUGAAGGAUAAAUUCCAGAACAUUGGGGCUAAGCUGGUGCAGGAUGUGGCCAAUAAUACAAACGAGGAGGCCGGAGAUGGCACCACCACAGCAACCGUGUUGGCAAGGGCAAUUGCCAAAGAAGGUUUCGAGAAGAUUUCGAGUGGCGCCAAUCCUGUGGAAAUACGCCGCGGUGUAAUGUUGGCCAUAGAGACGGUCAAGGAUAAUUUGAAGCAAAUGUCCCGUCCCGUUAACACGCCGGAGGAGAUCUGCCAGGUUGCCACCAUAUCGGCCAAUGGUGAUAAGUCGGUAGGAGAUCUCAUCAGUGAGGCCAUCAAGAAAGUGGGACGUGAUGGCGUCAUUACCGUAAAGGAUGGCAAGACCCUGGACGAUGAGUUGGAAAUUAUCGAAGGCAUGAAAUUUGAUCGCGGCUAUAUUUCACCGUACUUCAUCAAUGCCGCUAAGGGAGCCAAGGUGGAAUUUCAGGAUGCUUUGUUGCUCUUCUCCGAAAAGAAAAUCAAAUCGGCCCCAAGCAUUGUGCCCGCUCUCGAAUUGGCCAAUUCGCAGCGCAAGCCCUUGGUCAUCAUUGCCGAGGAUGUUGAGGGUGAGGCCCUAAGCACCAUGGUGGUGAAUCGUUUGAAGGUCGGUCUGCAGGUGUGCGCUGUCAAAGCUCCAGGAUUCGGCGACAAUCGCAAGGAAAUGCUUGCCGACAUGGCCAUAGCCACAGGAGGUAUUGUAUUUGGAGAUGAUGCCAAUUUGGUUCGUAUCGAGGAUGUGAAGGUCAGUGAUUUCGGUCGUGUGGGUGAAGUGGUUGUGACCAAGGAUGACACGAUGCUCCUCAAGGGCCAUGGCCAACGUCCUCUGAUCGACAAGCGUAUCGAGAAUCUACGAGAUGCCAUCAAAGAGACCACAUCCAGCUACGAGAAGGAGAAGUUGCAAGAGCGCUUGGCCAGACUCUCUUCGGGUGUGGCUCUACUACGUGUGGGUGGCUCUAGCGAUGUGGAGGUCAACGAGAAGAAGGAUCGAGUUCAUGAUGCCCUAAAUGCAACACGUGCAGCCAUCGAAGAGGGCAUUGUUCCAGGAGGUGGUACUGCUCUUCUCCGUUGCAUUACCAAGCUCGAGGAGAUCAAAGGUGCAAACGAGGACCAAAAUUUGGGCGUUGAGAUCAUUCGCCGCGCCCUGCGCAUGCCCUGCAUGACUAUUGCCAAGAAUGCUGGAGUCGAUGGUGCCAUGGUGGUGGCCAAAGUUGAGAUCAUGGAAGGCGACUUUGGCUACGAUGCUCUGAAAGGAGAAUAUGGCAAUAUGAUUGAGCGCGGCAUUAUUGAUCCCACCAAAGUGGUGCGCACUGCCAUGACCGAUGCUGCUGGAGUGGCCUCUCUCCUAACCACCGCUGAGGCUGUGGUCACUGAACUGCCAAUUGAGGAAGUUGCUGGAGGUGCCGGUGGCAUGGGUGGCAUGGGCGGCUUGGGCGGCAUGGGAGGCAUGGGCGGCAUGGGAGGAUUAGGCAUGUAAAAUAUAUUUUAAGCCUACUCAGUACGAUACACAUAAGAAUACACAUACACAUACACAUACACUUACACAUACACAUACACCUACACAUACACUUUUUUUUUCCUAACUAACACUAACUAGUUUGCUCGACAUUCCGCUUUGGUUUCUCGCUCAACAUUCUCACAGCAUGAAACAAAUAAUACGCAUACGCAUUCUCCGAUACAGACUGGCCUAACGAUAAAAACACACGUAAUUUUAUACACUGAAAUCAACACAAUCUUUACACAAUAUGAGACAAGCUAACGAUAAUCUAUAACUGUGACAUGAAAUGAAAUGAAUAAGCUACACAACUUCAUUAAUGAUUUUGUACUCUUAAAUGAAGUCAUUAAAUUAUUUACUCCCAUUGUAUUCCAAAUAUAACAAGAUCGCGUUAUAAUCUAUUAUAA